AUGGGUUUUCUCGACAAGCUCUGGGACGAAACGCUGGCCGGACCUAAACCCGACACCGGCCUGGGCAAACUCCGAAAGUAUGAUUCGUUCUCGGCGACCCGAUCCUCUCCCGCUAUUCGGCCCGACGACAUCCACAUCUCUCGGACGAUCACCAUUCUCCGCACCAACCGUCACUUCUCCGCCGUCGAUUCCUGCUCCGAACCCUCUUCCCCCGCCGCUCCUACCACGCCCACCUCGCCUUUUACCCCGGUGACACCGAGUGGGGGCUUCAAGAAAUGGAUGAGGAGGAAAUCAACAAUGGAAGCUUUGGACCCUCCAGAGCCUAGAAGUCCGAAUGUUCACGAUUGGAUAAUACUAAAUGCUCUGGAUCGUUGA